UAGACACAGACUGUUGCUGUAAAUAUAUGCUCUGGAUCUGUAAGCAGAAGCCGUUUUCUGCUUGUGCAGUGCACGAAGGAAGUGGGUGUUUUGACAAAUCAUUUCGUUGAAAGCAAUAUCGUGAGCAACAUGUCAACAUCUCAGCAUUCUAAUCCAUUUCCUGAAAAGUGCCAGGUCGACUUUCAAUUUGAGAAGAAUAACAAGGAACACAGGACUGGCCAGAUCAGCACCAAGCGACUGAUCGUCAGGAGGGGCCAAACCUUUAACAUUAAGGUGAACUUCACAGAUGGAUUCAAUCCAGAAGAGGCCAAGUUGGAAAUGGUCUUUGACAUGGGUCCAGAACCUAAGAAAUCAAAUGGAACUAAAGUAGAAGUUCCAUUCACAAAUUCAAUAAAUGUGAAGAGAUGGAGUGGCAUCAUUUCCUCGUCCACCAGCAGUGAAUUAUGCCUAACCAUAUCACCAUCACCAAGGGCCAAGAUUGGUUACCACUGUUUAACACUACAGCAUUCUUAUAAAACAGAUGUGAAGUAUUAUCUUGGAACCUUUGUUGUGCUCUUCAACCCAUGGUGUGCAGAGGAUGAGGUUUUUCUGAACAGUGAUGCUAAGCGAGAGGAAUAUGUGAUGAAUGAAACUGGAUCUAUUUACGUUGGAAACAGUAACUUCAUCCACAGUGUUUCCUGGAACUUUGGCCAGUUUGAAAAUGAUGUUUUGGACAUCUGCCUCACAUUAUUGAACAAAACACCCACUUACAAGAAAAAUGCAAAUAAGGCACUUCGAAGAAGAGGUUUUCCAGUUCAUAUUGCUAGAAUUGUAUCUGCCAUGGUGAAUUGCAAUGAUGACAGAGGAAUACUACUUGGCAGAUGGAGUCCUCCAUAUACUGGUGGAGUGUACCCUGGGAAAUGGAAUGGAAGUGUUGCAAUUCUUCGUAAAUGGCAUAACAGCGGCUACCAGGCAGUUCGCUAUGGGCAGUGCUGGGUAUUUGCAGCAGUCACCUGCACAGUUUUGAGAUGCUUGGGAAUUCCUACUCGUGUGGUCACAAACUUUAAUUCUGCUCAUGAUACUGAUGCAAACUUAACCAUUGAUGAAUACUAUAAUGUAGAAGGAGAAUCUAUGGGAGAAUCGAAUGAUAGCAUUUGGAAUUUCCAUGUAUGGGUCGAAAGUUGGAUGGCACGAUAUGACCUGGAGCCAGGUUAUGACGGUUGGCAGGCAGUGGAUGCAACACCACAGGAGGAAAGUGAUGGAAUUUACUGCUGCGGACCAGCUUCAGUAAAGGCAGUCAAAGAAGGAGAGGUUGAUAUGAAAUAUGAUGUCCCAUUUGUUUUUGCUGAAGUAAACGCACAUUGUGUUGAUUGGUUGGUUUUUGAAGAUGGAGAGAAAAUGAAAGUAGGUAUUCAUGAAUCACGCGUGGGUCACCAUAUAAGUACAAAAUCAUGUGGUUCUGACCUACGUGAGGACAUCACCAGCAAUUACAAAUAUCUUGAUGGCUCCAUUGAAGAAGCAGAGGUUUUUGAAAAAGCUAAUAGAGCACAAAAUCUCCCAGUGCCAGACAAGGUACUGGGUUUGUCUAUGACCACUGAGGUACCUGCUUACAAUGGCAAACCAGUUGCCCUUUCCAUGGUUGUUUCCAACAAGACAGCAGAGGAAAAGUCCUGCAACCUCCAAUUUUGGGCUAGGAAAAGAAGCUACAAUGGAAUAACAGAGAAGGGAUGUUUCAAGAAGCAUAAACAGGAGAUCACUAUCGGCCCCAAUAAAGAUUUGGAAAUCCCUUUGAAAAUAAAUUACAAAGAAUAUGGUUUGUUCCCUGACAUGUUCAACGUGAUGAAGCUGAUGUCUGUAGUAACUGAUGUAAAGUCAAAGACCAGUGCAUCUGCAGUAAAAGACAUUUCUCUGAUCAACCCUUCCCUAAGUAUUAAGGUGUCGAGUACCCACGUUAUGGUGAAUAAAGUUGUGUACGUAGAGAUCAGCUUUCAGAACACCAUUCCUGAUAGUCUGAAGAAUUGUGUCAUGACUCUUGAAGGAGCAGGUCUGAUUAAGGAUGAACUGGUAGUACAGUGUUCAAAUGUACUGCCCAAUGGUACAGCAAAAGUGAAGUGUAAUUUUGUUCCUUUUAAGACCGGGAUGAAGAAGCUACUGGUGGACUUUGACUGCGACAAAAUGCAAAAUGUGAAAGGAUCCUUAAACAUAUUUGUAGAAGAAAAUUAGAGAAAAAGCUCAAAUACCCAAAUCUUUAUUUUCUGAAUGCGUGGACUAUCAUUAAGGGAUGUGUUAGCUGGUUUAUUUUCACACAAUCAUUAGACACUGCAGUCAGUUCACAUGCUUAAAUAUUUUAUUCCAUUUCCAAGUUAACGUCAUCUUUGACAUUGCAUGGUUUUGUUAUAAUGCUGUAGGAUUGUUAUGGAUCGGGACAGUAGUUUUAAAUUUGGAGAAAAAUAAAGGGGUCAUGUGACCUCUUCUGGAGUCUACCUGACAAUAGCCAUGAGUAACUUGAUAAGAGUUCAAAGAAGGGGAUUAUUAAUUGGGAAGAAGGUGCAAAAUACUUAAUUGGAGACAAUCACAGUCCCUGAGUUCCACAGUGAAGAGAAAUAGGAUUUCUUAAAGUUGCAGAAAGUUAUUAAUGGUAUUGAGUUAUAAACAAUGGUGCUAUAAUAGAUCUUUCCAUUUCCAAAUUGGAAAGGAGCUGGAGAUCAAAGAUAGCUAAUUAGUAAUUCUGUCCAAAUUCAAGUUCAGUGUGGUUCUGGUUGCCAUAGAGAAGAGGGCAGAGGAAUGCAUUUUUGAGAUCGGGUUACAGGCUUCUCUACAAACCAAUGUAUAUCACAGAAAGGU